UCCCCUCUCCCUACACCUGCUGCUAGAACCAGCACUCUGCCUGGGACAACCUGGAACCUCCGUGGCAGCAGCUGGGCUGGGAGCGGGGGAAAGCUGACCCAAGGAAGAAAGACCAAGGGAAAGAGGAUUGGAGCACAGCUGGGAGCCAUCCUGCUUGUGGGGUAGGACACCAGCACUGAGCAGCAGGUUUUCCCAAACAGCUGAGCCCUCAGCUCCUGGGGAAGAUGAGCAUUUCAUCAGAGCACAAGCCCCUUGGGAAGCAGGUCACCGGCAGCCUGCAUACGUUGUCACCAAUUGUGGAGUUAAAUGUUGGCGGGGAGAUGUACACAACAACACUGAGCACCUUGAAGAAACACCCUGGCUCCAAGCUGGCAGAGAUGUUCACCGGCCAGCCCAAACUCAGGACAGACUCCGAAGGGAGGUUCUUCAUUGACAGACCAGGCACCUACUUCAAAUACAUCUUGGAGUACCUGCGCAGUAACCAAGUGCCCACCCAGUGCAUCCAGGACGUCUACAAGGAGGCGUUGUUCUAUGACAUAGAGCCUUUGAUCAAGCAGCUUGAGGACUCCCCGCAGAUCUUUGGGGAGCUCGUGGCGAGGAGGCAGUUUCUGGCCCGCGUGCCCAACUACAGCGAGAACAUCGAGCUGAUGAUCCGCAUCGCGAGGGCGGAAGCGGUUGCGUCCCGACAGUCCAGCGUCAUCGUGUGCGUGGUCAGAACCGAGGAGGACGCAGCCAGGUGUCAGGAUGCCUUGAACAGUUUGGACAUGGAUAAAAAAUCCGUGGUGAAGUUUGGCCCCUGGAAGGCUGUGCCCAGCAUUUCUGAUCUGCUGGACUGCAUUCAAAUGGACGUUGAAGCCAAAGGGUACAAAAUAUCCUUUCAGCCCCAUGUUGCUGAAAAAGGUUUUCGCUUCAAGUCGCAUGACUUCUUCUACAAGUUUCUGUUCACCUGGUGGUAGCAAAGUGCCACCAUUGAUAGGGAAAAUCAGAAAGCAAUCACUGGAACAAAUUAACCCUGACUGUGGAGAAUAAAACACGAGCUAUCAGAGGGAGAGGAAGAAAUGCACAGGCCAACAAAAGGAUCUCCUUUGGCUGUUUUCCGUAUCAAAGAACACUUAAGAGCCACUUUACUUGGGAUUUAGGGGAUAACUUUUUAGAGGUUUUAAAAGGCUCCAGAAAAACGAGGAAUUUUACUCUUCAGUGUUGCUUACUAUUCAUUCAGUUCAAAGAGAUGGAUCUGUGAAUUGAGCCAACCUCACUCAACCCAAGGGAAAUGAAUAAUCCCAAAUAAGCCUGGUGGACAUGUAGAGUUGCUCUCUCAAAUGGGAACAGGCCACAUAUGUGGAAAUCCUGACUGAAACAAUGAUAUUACCACAUACUCAAAUUAAAUUUGGUUUCUAAAUGGGAAGGCAAAAGCUAUUCUUCUCCUGCCUUUCUACACUAGAAUCUGGGUUAAAAGGAAGGAUUCAGUGUCCUAUGAUCACUUCUUCUUUCUCCAGCAGACCGGCUACUCUCUAGUCAAUAUAUUUAUUACCAUUAUUUAUUAUUUGUUCUGAAGGAAAGACAGAGAACCUCAGCUACGGCCCCGGAUAAACAAAAGGCAAAAAUACCAU